UCGUUGAACAUGAAGUUGGCAGUUCAAAUCAUUGCCCACCCCUCAUAUGCCCAUAAAACCUUUGUCUCUAUUCCCCAUUUUCAGCCUUUCAUCAACUCAUUUUUAUAGAUAUUAAAAACCCUACGACCAAACCAGAAAAAGGCAAACCCAGAAAAGAAAGGAUGAAGAUUUGGUGUGAUGUGUGCGAUAAAGAAGAAGCCACAGUGUUUUGCAGUGCGGAUGAAGCUGCUCUUUGUCAAGGGUGUGAUGUUGGAGUUCACCAUGCCAACAAGCUUGCUACCAAACACUCUCGUUUCUCUCUCCUUCACCCUUCUAUCAAUGAAUUCCCACUUUGUGAUAUUUGUCAGGAGAGGCGCGCGUUCCUAUUUUGUCAAGAAGAUAGAGCAAUGUUUUGCAGAGAAUGCGACCUUUCGAUUCACAGAGCCAAUGAAAACACCCAGAAACAUAACAGGUUUCUUCUCACCGGCGUUAAGCUCUCUCCUUCCCUUUCGUUGAACCCAGCUUCAUCGUCCUCUGAAACCAAAAGCUCUUCAUCCCACUCUUCCAAGAGGUCCCGUUUUACACUUCCUAAUAACCAAAACUUCACUUCUCCUCCUCCAAUGGACAAACCAUUGGCUUCCACUUCAACCACUUACAGGCUCCAAGAUAAUGCUUCCAUUUCGACGAGCAAUAAUAUAUCGGAGUACUUGAUGGAAAAGUUACCAGGUUGGAAUGUGGAUGAUUUUCCCGACCCUUCAUCUGGUGGUGAUGCUAAUGGUUUCUGUAAGACUUUUAAGCAAGGAAACGGAGAUUAUUUGGGGAAUAAUAUGGCUCCAUUUUCAUCAUCCGAAGAAAUCUGGGCAUUUGAAGUUUUUGUUUGCGGAUAUUUUUUUCCAUCUCUCUUUCGGUUAAUUUCACUAAACCUCCCUAACUUAUUGUUUAGAUUUUAAAAUUGGUCCCUGAAUUUCAAAAUGUUCUGAUUGUGUCUUCAAAUUAUCAUUAAUAAAUUAAUCAGUUUCUUUCGUUAA